GCACUGGAGUGCAGAGUGCUGAUAGCAGCCUGCUCCCGACUGCAAGUUUCCAGGGAGCUUUUCUUCUUGGCAUCCAGACAGCCAAAGUCUCCAGCUCCGGCACAGAUGUUCCUCCAGCAGCUCUGAAGUAAGGCUGCUCGCCGGAUACCAUGUCAUACCGUGGGGCUCGUGGUCCACCUCGACCUUCUGAGAGGACUCGCUACUGCUGAAACCAAGCGCUUAGAGAAGCAUGAGAUGCAGGGCUUUAGCUAAUGUUUUGUCUCAGCUAGAGGGGCUGGUGAAUUGCCACAGCUCGGUACAGCGCUGCUUGACACCACUGCAACUUUCCUCAAAGCAAACUCUGGGUAUAAAUCCUCUCCUUUCCCUCUGAUUGCGACCUGGUGCGAAGACUGGAAUGAUUUGCCUGUUGGAAGGAUGUUGACUCUCGAGUGGGAGUCAGAGGGACUGCAAACAGUGGGUAUCGUUGUGAUUAUAUUUGCAUCUCUGAAGCUGCUUCAUUUGCUGGGACUGAUUGAUUUUUCAGAAGACACUGUAGAAGAUGAAAUGGAAAUGGCCACAGUACGACAUAGACCUGAAGCUCUCGAACUGCUGGAAGCACAGAGUAAAUUCACAAAGAAGGAACUUCAGAUCUUAUAUAGAGGUUUCAAGAACGAAUGUCCCAGUGGUGUUGUCAAUGAAGAAACCUUCAAAGAGAUUUACUCUCAGUUCUUUCCACAGGGAGAUUCCACAACUUAUGCACAUUUUCUGUUUAACGCAUUUGACACUGAUCACAACGGAUCUGUAAGUUUUGAGGAUUUUGUUAUGGGUCUCUCAAUUUUACUCCGAGGGACAGUACAGGAGAAACUGAACUGGGCUUUCAAUUUGUAUGAUAUAAAUAAGGAUGGAUAUAUAACUAAGGAGGAAAUGCUUGAUAUCAUGAAAGCAAUAUAUGAUAUGAUGGGAAAAUGCACCUAUCCUGUUCUCAAGGAGGAUGCGCCUAGACAACAUGUGGAAACGUUUUUCCAGAAAAUGGACAAAAACAAAGACGGAGUAGUGACCAUAGACGAAUUCAUCGAGAGCUGCCAGAAAGAUGAGAAUAUAAUGCGAUCCAUGCAGCUCUUUGAAAAUGUGAUUUAAUGAAGACAUUAGGUCUACAACUAAUGGACAAAUAUGAGCUAUUCUGCAACAUUAUCUAAAAGAUGGAUUUCCCACUUUAUCAUAAAUAAAAUUACUCAGCUUUACACUGAGACAUGUAUUAUGCAAAUAAAUUUUUUAUUAUAAACUUUUCCCCCAAAAAAACUUUCUAAAUUAUACAAUUUAGCACUUCAACAGUGGCUACUUAGUUAACUAAGAAUGUUCUGAAAAGUCAGAAACAAAGUUAAGACUUGACAGUAUGCAGCUUUAUCAUCAUUCCAACCCCUAGAUAAAAUAGAUACUAUCACACAGAGGUUAAAUAAAUACUCUUAGUUUUGCUACUCAUUUGUACUGGAUUAAGCUCCAGGUUGUUUAAGUGUAUUUCUUAAAUCUUAGCUUCUAAUUUAUACAGAGGCAUUACCAUGUAUUUUUUUUCCACAUUUGUAUGGUGUAGAUCUCAUUUUUGGAAUAAUACUUCGAGUUAAAGUGCUAUAAUCAAUGUGCAAUGCACAUCUUGCUGCAAUUGCCUUCCACUUUUGACUUGCUUUUCUCUUCAAAAAAACCCCAAACCUAAGAAAAUAGGUAACUUGAGGGGAAGAACUGUUCUAGAACAAAAAAAGAAAUUGUUCACAGGUAGAUUUACUCCCUGACAAAUACAAGUGAGCUUCUAUCAAUCACACUUACCUGGUAAAUCUGCAUUUAAUUUAUCACAUGAACAGUCCUACAUACUGUAUUUCUAAUUCUUCUAGGAUGUGUCUGCAAAGUUCUUUGCUUAAAAUUAAGGGUCUUCUGACUCUUAAUUUUUCAUGAAGAAAUCUUAACUGGCUCUUGACACUGUUUUAAUGAACACACGUCUUUCUGCCUUUAAUGAAGAAAAAGGCAUUAACUUCUUUUGAAACUUCCAUCCCACUUCAGUGCUCAGAGUAAGUAUCAGUAUGUGGUAACAUCUACCACUUAGAAGUAUUAGACAGGCUUUUUGUAGUAUCUUCUAUUAGGACACAGAAACAGGAAAAAAAACAAUCAGAAAAAUAUCAUCUGUACGUGAUAAUUCAUUACAUUUUUUUAGGAUCAUUUCUUCAUUAAGAUUGGAGCUACCUUAAUUCUGAACCUAGAAACUUUUAAAAAACAAACAAAAAAAAUCUAUGUACUUAAAAGAUAGUACUGCCCCCCAUCCAUGUAAUUUUUAAGAUAUAUUGUCCACAGAGUUUAUGCCAAUACUUCAAAAAGAGGUGAAAUGCUAUCAGAGACAGGCCAAUCUUGUGACAUUGCUGCAGAAAGGGGAUUAAUGAAGUAGAAGGAAUGUUGCAAGUGUUCUUUUGCAAAAAUAAAUCAGGUAUCUAUUCUGGUGUAGAGAUGGGUUGUUAGAGGCAUGUUGAAGGCUGCUCUGCUAUCACCAGUGUAGGAUAAGAGUAGUACAGUACAUGUACACCUGAAAUCUGCUGUAGUGUGUUUGUGUAAACUAAAUGUGCACAUUUUGUAAAAAAAUAAUAAUAAUAAAGUAAACAUGAAGAAAAACAA